UAGACUGACAGUGGGUUAAUUAACACUACUUUAAGGUUAUAGACAAUAAAGGCUUAAAUCAAAAAUGUGUCAAACAAACCGGAAACCAAAAAUAAUUAUUUUUGAUUUAGAUUACACUUUGUGGCCAUUUUGGGUUGAUACUAAUGUUACUCCACCUUUCAAAAAGAAAGGAAGUAAUGUAGUGGAUUUUGAUGGUCAAACUAUAAGAUAUUAUAAAGAAGUACCUGAAGUUUUAAAGCAUUUAUCAGAAGAAGGGUAUGAGCUUGGUGUUGCAUCUCGUACAUCAGAAAUCCAAGGUGCUAAACAGUUAUUAAAUCUGUUUAACUGGGAGAAAUAUUUCAAAUAUAAAGAAAUUUAUCCAGGAAGUAAAUUAACUCAUUUUUCUAAAAUUCAAGCAGCAUCUGGUGUUGAUUACAAAAACAUGAUAUUUUUUGAUGACGAACAAAGAAAUAUUGCUGAUGUAGGUAGACUUGGUGUUACUUGUAUAUUUGUACAAAGUGGUGUAACUGUUGCACUUGUGGAAAAUGCUUUAAAAAAUUUUUAA